ACCGCAGCAGUCAGUCCACUCAGCAAGAGCGCGACGUCGUUUUGUCGCGUCGCUUGCUCGGACUGUGUGUGUGUGUGUGUGUCACUUCUCGACGUCGACAGAGAAAAUCUCGCGUGGCUGGCAGCUCUCUCUCGCCAUCUCCACCAGCAACACACGCACGCCACUUACCAGCAGCACCUCUCUCUUCUUUCACCCCCACCUCCUCCUUUCUCUCUCUCCCUUUGAGUGAGCGAGAGAUCUCCCGAAACCUGAGCGAGGCGGUCCCGGAGACACCAUAGUGGCGAUAUCCUCCUAAAGCGCAACAUGGCUACAAUUGUAACCUCCACCAGGUUUACAGACGAAUAUCAGCUGUACGAAGAGCUCGGAAAGGGUGCCUUUUCUGUUGUUCGGCGAUGUGUAAAGAAAUCAACCAGCCAGGAAUAUGCUGCUAAGAUCAUCAACACAAAAAAGCUGUCAGCAAGAGAUCAUCAGAAGCUAGAAAGAGAGGCCCGCAUCUGCCGUCUGCUCAAACAUUCCAACAUAGUGCGUCUCCAUGACAGUAUCGCAGAAGAAGGCUUUCAUUACCUGGUCUUUGACCUUGUGACUGGUGGAGAAUUGUUUGAAGACAUUGUCGCAAGAGAAUAUUACAGUGAAGCAGAUGCAAGUCAUUGCAUCAAUCAGAUCCUGGAAAGCGUCAGCCACAUCCACCAGCAUGACAUUGUGCACAGGGACCUCAAGCCAGAGAACCUGCUGUUAGCCAGUAAGAUGAAGGGGGCAGCAGUGAAGUUGGCUGAUUUUGGCCUUGCCAUCGAGGUGCAAGGAGAUCAGCAGGCCUGGUUCGGUUUUGCAGGCACCCCUGGAUACCUCUCCCCUGAAGUCCUGAGAAAGGAUCCCUAUGGCAAACCAGUGGAUAUCUGGGCUUGUGGUGUGAUCUUGUAUAUCCUGCUGGUGGGUUACCCUCCUUUCUGGGACGAGGACCAGCACAAACUGUAUCAACAGAUCAAGGCUGGAGCCUAUGAUUUUCCCUCUCCAGAGUGGGACACUGUUACCGCAGAGGCCAAAAACCUCAUCAACCAGAUGUUGACCAUCAACCCAGCGAAGAGGAUCACAGCUGACCAAGCACUCAAACAUCCGUGGGUCUGUCAACGCUCCACUGUCGCCUCCAUGGUGCAUCGUCAAGAAACCGUUGAGUGUCUGCGCAAGUUCAACGCCCGCAGAAAACUAAAGGGGGCCAUUUUGACCACCAUGCUGGUGUCCAGGAACUUCUCAGUGGGUCGGCAGCACACCAGCCCCGCCGCCCCCACCACCAGCACAGCUGCACUGGCACAAGAAGCAUGCAAAAGUUUACUGAACAAGAAGUCUGAUGGCGUGAAGCCACAGACAAACAACAACAAAAACAGUGUAGUAAGCAGCAGCACCAAAGACAGCAGCAUAUCAUCCACCGCACCAAUGGGGUCUACAGAGAGCUGUAACACCACAGAAGAGGAGGACAUGAAAGGUAGGAAAGUAUCGGUGGGUGGGGCUAGCAAUGACAGUGCAGUGGUGAACCAGUGCAGUGCCUCUGAGGAGCCAGCUCCUCAACCCGAGGCCUCUCCCCCCUGCCCACCGCCCACCGAUCCACCACAUGAUGUUAAGAAUGUAGCUUGGAGCAGUUCAGGUCAGAGCUCCUGUCCUGAUUUAGAGCCUGCUGUACCUGCUUCAGCCUCCACAACACCAGGGGGCAGCAGCGUGCACAGGCAGCAGUCACGAAAGCAGGAGAUCAUUAAAAUCACAGAGCAGCUGAUUGAGGCCAUCAACAACGGAGAUUUUGAAGCUUACACGAGGAUCUGUGACCCUGGCCUGACCUCUUUUGAGCCCGAGGCACUUGGAAACCUGGUUGAGGGAAUGGACUUCCAUAAGUUCUACUUUGAGAAUUUGCUGAGUAAGAACAGUAAGCCUGUGCAUACAACCAUCCUGAACCCUCACGUGCACCUGAUUGGAGAGGACGCCGCCUGCAUCGCCUAUAUCCGACUGACACAGUACAUGGACAGCCAGGGCCGGGCACGCAGCAGCCAGUCGGAGGAGACACGCGUGUGGCACCGCCGAGAUGCCAAGUGGCUCAACAUCCACUUCCACUGCUCUGGAGCUCCUGCCGCACCUCUACAGUGAAUCACAGAGGGCAAAGCAUGCCUGAAUACUAAAGCUGAUUGGAGCAUUUCUUCUCCGUGCACGUCUUGCCGCCUGGAGCCCGGCCAGAAGAGAACCUCUUGAAGUUUUGAAAACGUGAGGGAAAAAAUUGACACAACUAAGAAAUAUAUUUAAAAGCGGCCACCACUUCAGUCCAACUCUAGCUAGAUGUGGGGCGGGCAGCCACGGCAGCAGCCCUGCCUUCUGGAUGCUGCAUGCUUCUAAUGCCCACACGGGGCGCUGUAUUGUCUUUACCCAUAAUCCCAUACUGUCUGCUGCCCAACAUUCGGAAAUGGUGUUUAAAAUUAUUAGUAAUAUAUUGUAAAAUACUGAGAUCUUCACUUGUGUAAUUAACAGCCAGUAGAGAUGGAAGUUAGAAUCAGAAAUGUGAAUCGUUGAAGAGCACACGCCGUUUUAAGGGUAAAUGAUGUGAGUUUAUUACAUUUAAGAAAACAUUUUUCUGUUUUGUUUUUCUUUUCUUUUUACGCAAAGAAUGUGGUGGCAUGGCAUAUCAGAGGGAACGAAAAAAUGUAUCAGACGUUGAAGCACCAAAGUGUAGACUCUAGACGUUGAGAAGAGGAUGUUUUAAUGUUGCUUUUAUUUUCUUUGAAAUUGAGGAAUGGGGUUGGGGAAGAUUUAUUUUCUGGCUUUCUGUCGUGUUUUGGUGGAUCUCUUGGUUUUUAUCUUCUGAAUGAUGCGGUAUUUGAAAGUAUUUUGUGUUUUCAAGACAAUUGUUUUAAAGUGGGACACGAUUUAAUAUAGUUGUGCAUAAAUAGAUAUUUAUAAAAGAGAAAGGACAAAACAGUAUGUGGUGUCUGGGGGGGUGAUGUGUGUGUUUGUGUACGUAUAAAUGUUUUUUCUUGGGUUCAAGAUGCUUGUUGCUAUGUAGUGUUUUGCGUAAAUCUUCUUAACACACACUUCCACAUGAGGCCUGAACUCAAGUUGGGUUGGUUUACUUGCCUUCCUGUAUGUUUGCACCCAUAACCUCUAGGCUCUCUGAACCUGAAGUUGCAGAACCCUCACUUUCUUUGAAUCGAGUUUGUUGUAUGUCUCUUGGUCCCCAGGGGGCGCUAAACACUAUACACGACAUGCUCAUCAUAACCCUUGCUCUCCCUCCCAGAGUUACUCUGCUCACCUUUUAGGCUUCCAGCUGCUGUGCAUAUCAUUUUUUAGACUAUAAGCAUGUCGAGAAAAACAAAACAAAAAACAAAUAAAAUGGCCUGUACUGUUUUGCACAUAAGCUUGAGACUCUAUGCUGUUCUGUUCACUUUUUGUGGACUGCUUUGCAACUUCAGGUUAUGAAAUCCAUCCUUAGGGGUCCAUGCUCUAGAAGAAGACCCAAACUGUCACAUUAUCUCUCCAUGAGUGUUUGUACACUUGUUCUGAUGCUGUUUACGUUGUCUCAUCAUCAUACAUUGUGACUUUAGAAGACUUGAUUGUGGUUUGUUAAGAUCACCUGACCAUCUAUAGGCAGGGAUUUGAAUGAAAAUGAUUUGAUGAAUGCAGUUCCAUGGUGUUUUGGGGUCCAUUCUAUGGUAGAAUCUGUUCUGGGUAUGUUGAUCUUGUUUUAUUUUUUUUUUCUCCAGUAUAACCUGUAAAUACUAAUGCAGAUCAUUGAUGAGGGAUGAAUCGGGAACGCUUAGCCAUUCAUCUUCAUCCAGAUGCCCGUAGACUCACAGACUUUCAGUACACACAACUCGCUGUUUUGGUAAACAACUCACGUAGUUAAAAAAAAAUGUUGUUUUGGGUGUGUUAAAGCACAUGGACACAUUGUGCUCCCUUUAAAGCUUAUCUGUGUGACUGUCAUACAUCUGAACACUGUUCUUGACUGUGUUAUUAUGUAGAUUCCUGUGUGUGAAUUGUGGAGGUUUAACGUUCCCCCUUUUAUUCUGUGCUAAGCCAUUUCUUGUGACAUUUUACCUUUUAAAGUUGGGCAAACUUUGCACCCAACUCUAUAUGUUCAAAAAAGGGAGGAAAGAGAGUACUCCUACCCUAAGGCAUCUUGUUAGUGAGUUCACUUGUCCACAGAUGAAACCGUCUGGCACUGUGAUGUCUGCCAUAUCUUCAUACUGUCCCUGCUGUAGUGUGUCUUAUAACAGUGUGUUCAGCCCUAGUCUCUGGCCACUUCUGUCACUCAUAGUGCGUCCUCUCAGAUAUGAGUGUCCUUGUUUAAAAAAAAGUGCAGUUUAGUCAGUCACACAUACAUAAAAAAUGUAAAUGAUUAAGAGAUGUUUCCAGAUGCAGGAGUUCAUAGUUCUUGUAUUUCUUAUGACUGUUAGAUGGACACAAACGCCUUUGUAUGCGAAGUGAAUAAUUCCUGAACUAAAUAACUCCCACAUCCAAACCAUAUAUGCAGUUCAGCAGAAGGAAAAUAUGCAUGUGUAACUUUCUGGUAAUACUUUUCACUGUCUGUGUUAAUUAGAAUUGAAUUAUGUAUAUAUUCCCUGCAUCUUCAAGGUAAAUGAAAUGUGGCUUGGUUGGUUUCCAAUGCUACAAUCAAAAGCUAAUUUUGUAAA